UUAUUCAAUCUUUUGAGCUUGAAAAAUCAGUGGCAAGCAUGCAAUGAACCAAGGUGUGGAUAAUAGAAGCUUCUUCCAUGUUGCAGCUUAGCAGUUUGUAACUAGCUCAAACUGAAAAAGAAAAAACAAAAAUUUGGAAAAUUAAUUAAAAUGAAUGCUUAAUUGAUUGAAGAAAAGAUAGUUAUUAUAGAUAGUCGAUACAAAGUGUAAGUCGAGAAAAUGGCAACCGGAGGAUCCGUAGCCGUUUUCAGCUGCCCUUCUUCGUAUUUCUGCCAGAAAGCCAGACCUUCAACACCAUCAUCGUUAUCACUGGUUUUUAAUGUAGCGAACAAACGGCACAAAACCUGUUGCUUAGCAGUUCAAGAAUCAUCUACAUCCACAGUUGCUGAUGAAACGAAGGAGAAAAAAGAAGUGAAAAAGGCAGACGAAGAAACUGCUGCUGCUAAGCCAAAGGCUGCAGCAAAAGCUCCUAUGAAGCCUCUGCCUGAGUUGAUGGCAGACGAAAUCAUCCCUCCACUCAAAUCAAUUUUAGAAGCUCAACAAGAUUUAUCAUGCCUCGAACUUUCGUUCAACGAGAAUCAGUUGGAAGGAUCAUUUAUGAAGAAGGGAAUUCCAUAUUCAUUUUGGGCAUUCUUUCCCGAUGGAACCAUCACCGGGGCAAAGGGUUUCUCUAUAUCUUCAUAUGGUACAGGAGUGAGCACAGUGGAGCCAUUUCUGGUUGAUGAGAAGAAACCUACUGCUAAAUUUGUUGUUUUCUGGAUUGAGAAGCGUUUGGCUGCUCAAGGAAUUAUUCCUGUCUGGACAGACUAAUGUGUUUUUUUUCACCUCCUGCUGUGUGUUGUUUCACCUUCCUGUAAAUCAUAUAUUCAUAAUUAAGAAAUAUUAUUAUUUACCUGC